CACUGAGAUCGAACAUGGCCAACAUAACGGGCGAAAAAAGGAUUUACUGAUGAGCCGGCGAAUGUCGUCACCUCGGUCUUAACCUUUGAUGGACAAUACACACAAAUGUAACCAAAGGCUAUAAGAGUAAACACCGACAUGGAAACAUUGUCACUCAUUCUUGUGAUUUUUCUACCACAAAUGUGUGCUUCCCAUUCAGGCCAUGCUAAGACCAAACAAAGCGAUAGAAAAAGAAACUUCCUGGCAGACGCUAUGCGUGAGAUGGAAUCUGGCGGAAAAACUUCGAAUCAUGCAUCUUCUGUAAGAAGGGUUCCAAACGUCAUCAGGGUGGUAAUGAGGCCAGAAGUUCCACCAAGUCGCCGCCGCCAUCACCGACAUCGACACGGACAAUUUGAUGGCCUGAAGUCCGUUUUGAGAUUAGCUGAGGGGAUAAACAAACUGUCCAAUCAGCAAAAUGAAAACCACAAAAAUAAGUCAACUGAGAUACUUAAUGCUGAGAAUACAAUACAGGACAGAGUGCGAUUGCUUGAAAGAGUCAAUGAACAGCUGGAUAAAACUUCAAAAUUGCACGAUCAUAAACAAAAGCUUAAAAAAGUCGACACACGAGGUAACAUUACUCUAAAAGGUGACGAAGAAGUCAUGGUGACGGAUUCUUUUCCAUUAUUUCCGGAAUUGAGGAGCAUUGUUGAGCAUGGAAAGCCAUUCAACCCGGAUGUGACCAGAGCCGCUUUCGCAAGAGCGAAGCAAAUUGUUUGGGAUAGCGUUGGGCAAGACCCACUCACCUCUGCAGAUGUAGGGCACCUUAAUAACACCAAAUUGACUAAUGCUGUGGCUUUGCUGGAAAUGGCUGUCAGAGAAGCUGAGAAAAUGGAACGAAAUAAAACAAAACCUGUUGAUCAAGAAGCAAAUCACCAGGUCAUCAGCCCUAAACUCCCCGAAACCAAACCCAAAGUUAACCAGUCAAAACAUGAUGACGCGCAAUUAAAGAUACUCAGACAACUCCUUCUUGAGGAACUUAAGCAGACGAAUUUAACAAACGAUGGAGCUGGCCACGUCCUCAUCAGUGAUAUUCCAUUUCAGAAAAUGAGAAAUCAACAACAAAGCAGAUUGACUCAAAAACCUUCGUCAUCGCCAGGAGACUCUUACUCGAAUUCCAAAGUCAACCCGAGCAAUAAAAAUCAACUUAGCGGAACUCCAGCUCUUUUGGAAAACUACACUUCAUUUAUUACUAACAUACUCAAAGCUGCCCAUCUGAACGCUUUAAAGAACAUUAAGGGAGAUUCGAGCAGCACACCUGUCAAAUCAAACUCAAAUGUAAGGUUGGCCAGUGAAUCCCAAACUCAACAACCAGUUACUAACCAACAAAGCACAUUAAUAUCAACUACAGGACAGAAGUUAAACACACCGAAAGAGCAACAGCAAGAACAUCAGCUCUCCUUCGCUAACGCAGCACAGGAGCAAAAACAACAACAAAAACAGCAACAAAACAUUCAACCUGUUAAUUUGCCAAAAGAACGCCUUGAUGCAAGGAAAGCCUUUGGUACGGCUCAAAAGUUGGUGAAAGCCAUGUUAGCGAGACAAGAGCUUUAUAGAGCAGAAAAUGACUUCUUUAACAAGAUUCAUGAGAUGUUGAAUAAAAGUUCAAAAUACCCAUUGAACACAGGCCUAGAAAACGAUGCAAAAGAGUCGAGGAUCUCUGGCCAGCCCACGGUUGCUAGUCCUUUACAAUCCCCUAUAAGCCAGUCUCCAAUAAAUACUGCAAGUAGCCCAUCUCUUGGCGGCGAGGAUAAGAAGAAACAGCCAUCAGAGUCUCAGGAAAAGUUUGAUGAAGCAGCGCAUCUUGAAGAGAAGGUAGCGGCUCAACAGGAUCUGAUGUACGAUGCAUUGAUGAAAGGUCAUACGAUUGGAACUGUUAAAGGCGGGGGCGAUGGACCAUUUGAUGAAGAAGGCACCAUUCGUGAAAAUACAGGACAAGAUGGAUUAGAUGACUCCUACAACACGGAAGAUUAUGGUGAUUUUAAGGACAGCGACGAAGAAGCCGAAAAAAAGUUCUAUCACGACCACAAUCAAGAUAGUUUUGAGGCAAAAGGCAUGGAGGACACCAUGUUAGGCGUUCGCGAUAAAAUAAUCCAACUGAUUCCAGAACAUGCGUCAGUUACAGACUCGAGCGGUAUUGACACAACAUCGUCUCAGACAGGAAACAUGCGCAGCGAAAAGAACUUCAAUUAUACAUUCGGUGAAAGUGGAGUCAGCUCGGGUGAUCAUAAUACCAGGGAAAACAACAAGACAAGGCGCAAUAAACAUAUUCACAGGAAACGAAAACUCCUAGGAAAAUUAUGAAAACCCUAUCGAUAUGCACUCUUUGUGGACUAGAGGAAUGUUUCCAGGCAACAGAGGGCGCUUUUUGCGCGCCUUUUUCUACAAAAAGAAUAAUGUAAAGGAUUCAUAUAUUCAUAGAUUAAAACAUUGUCGACGACCCUAUAUUGCUUUUUAAGGCAGGGAAGAAUGAAAC